CAGGAAGUAGCCUGUGUUCUCAGGACCUGGCAACUGGCUGACUGGGGGAGCCUGGAGGCUGAAGGCUGGAGCUGAGAUGGCCUUGGCAGAAGACCUGGAGAAGGAGCUGGAGACCACGGCCCAGGAAGUGCUGGGGAAACUGAGGAGCCGUCAGCUGUUCCAGUCCAGGUGGGACACUGCUGCCUUCAUCAUCUUUCUCAUCUUCCUUGGCACUGUGUUGCUGCUGCUGCUGCUUGUUUGCAUCCACUGCUGCUGCUAUAGCUGCUGCAGCCGCCGCACCUCCAGAUCCCAGAAGGUGAGCCCCGAUCAGGAACACCGCAGGGGUGUGGAUAACUUGGCCCUGGAACCUUAACACACCGAGCCCCCCAGCCCCUCUGCCCGUGUGUCCUGCUGGGCAACAGGAACAAUGCCUUGUUUGUCCAGAACCUGAGUCUGGAGUGUGUUCUGAGCCUCCGGUCAAGGGGUGGGCAGUGUGGGAACUCAGUGCUUUAUCCAGAUGCCCACCUGCUCCCUCACAGCUUUCAGCCUACACGACGGCCACCAGACCCUGAAUCACCAGCAACUGCCCAUGGGAGGGGAAGCUGGGGCCCAACUCAGGGGCCGGAACCCCCAGGCAGAACCCUUGUUCCCAUCCCACUCAGCCCCGUGGCAGCCCGGAGGACCCCCUCAAAGGUGGUGUGGGGAGGCCAAGGGCUCAGUCACUGGGUACCCCACUCAGGUCCUGAGUAUCAGGGAUCCCCAGCCUGGUCCUCACUCAGACAGACAGACGCUCCAGGUAAAGUGGGGUGAUCUUUAUUUCCUAGAGGCCUUGUCAGGGAUGCUGAGCAAACGCAUUCUAGGACACCAUAGCUCACGGUGGGUGGCUUCUGUCUGCUCUCCUAACUCACAGCUUAGGGUCGCCACCCACUCCUCACCCUCCAUGGAGGGGGUGUGCAUGGCUACCCUUCACCAUCCAAGGUCAGCUCAGAAAGCAGAAAAAGGAGGCGGAAGGAGAGCCCUGGGGUUGGCCCCACCCAGAGUCCAAAGGUUUCUGCCUGCAGGGAGGGAGGAUUUGGAAUGUGGGCCACAUCUCUGCUCCGCCUUUCCUGACCACCCCCCUCCGCAAAAUGAAAAGCAAGCCUUCAUCCCUUC